AUGGACAUAGAUAUGGAACAUCGUUUUCUUUUCCUUCUCUUUCUAUUUUUUUCUUUUGUUCUCAAAGAGUCCGCUUCGAAAUGCCCAUAUAGAACAGAUGCUGAAGUUCUUAUUUUUGGUGCUGGUACGGCUGGAGUGACGGCAGCUAGGGUCCUCAACGAUCAUGGCUUAAACAGUUUCAAAGUGCUAGAGGCGCAUGAUAAAAUUGGGGGCAGAAUAAGAAAUAUUACUUUUAAAGGGUUUCAGAUCGAGGUGGGUGCAAACUGGAUCCACGAAGCACCAGGUAAUACUGGGAGCAGAAGCGAUAACGACAACCCAAUAUGGACACUGGCUCGUGAUAACCAGUACCGUUGCGAUGUAGAUCUAGAGGGUGUUGAUGUAUUGAUUAGUGGGGGGUUUACAGAAAGUUCAAUUUUUAUGGAUUUUAAUAAUCAAGCACAACAAUAUGAAACUUUUAAUACUAGUGAAAUAGAGAUGGACUAUAUUGCAAAGUACAAGGAAGCAUUAAAAACUAAUGGAACUAACACUGUCAGGCAAGGGCUGAAUAUGAACAACUGGCGUCCAGAUUCUCCCUUAAAGCAAUUAAUUGAAUGGAGUGAGUUUGAUUUCACAUAUGCUGCAACUCCAAAUGAAUCCGUUGUGUCUUUAACUGCUGAAAAUGAUAAUGUAAAUUUUGGCGAACGAUGUUUCAUAGUAACAGAUCAACGAGGUUUUGCUUCAGUGCUACGAUGCAUGAUAGCAAAUUUUGGUGAUCAUCAGGAUAAAAUAUUAACAAAUACUAAUGUCACUAGUAUUGAGCUCUACAGUGAGUGUGUGUGUGCUGAGGUUAUGGGGCAAGGCAGAAUGUGUGGAGAUUACGGUAUUGUUACAUUUUCUAUUGGUGUACUGCAGAAUUGGAUUGCAAACAAUAAAUUCAAAGGUACUAGCCUUAGCCCUGCAAAAAUAAGAGCCAUUACUAAUUCAAGAAUGGGUCUUUAUUUGAAAAUAUUUGUUAAAUUUCCCAAUGUUUUCUGGAACAUUAGUGCUAGCUACACUUAUGCUACUAAUUCAACAAAGCGUGGCUAUUAUCCAGUUCUACAACCAAUUGGAGCAUCACUCCCUGGGUCACCUCCUAUUGUACUCAUGAGUGUCACUGGUGAUGAAGCAAUGAGGAUAUCACACCUUAGCAAGGGUGAGGUGAGGCAAGAGGUUGUUGCUGUAUUACGUCAAUGGUAUAACAUUGAAAAUGAGAGCCUUCUUACUAUUACUAAUGAUGAUAUCGAGUAUCAUGACUGGAGUACUGAUGAGUUUUUUCUUGGUAUGUUUUCUAAUAAUCCUACUACUCUAACAAUUGAUGAUAAACGGAAUCUUGCAAUGCCAGAAGGAAGAUUGUACUUCAGUGGUGAAGCUAACAGUAUUGAACAUGGUGGCACAAUCCAUGGUGCUUACUGCAGUGGAAUGGAUGCAGCAACUGAAAUAUUAAAGAGGGCACAGGGCGAAAUUCUUCACAAAAAUUAUUCCAGCUACAUGGUAUAA